AAGGGUUAACAGGAGCCCAGCCUCAGCCGGGAGGGGGAGGGGCGAGGAAACUUGGCUACAAAGGUCUCCACGGGCGACCUCAGCUGCGCCCUGUCCGCUCCCCUCCCGGAGGGCUUCCAGCCGGAGGCUAUGGCAGCUGUUGCCGGGGGGGGCGGCUGGAUCCCGGCUCGCAGCAGACCCUCAAUGGUGCUGUGCUGGGGCUGCUGUUGAGUCACGCUGGGGGCAUCCCCCUACGGGAUUUCGGGAGGCUCUUCCACCAGCACCAUGGCCGGUGCCGGAUCUGCCCCGGCACGGCUACCGCUCGCUGCGCCACCUGCUGGGUGACAUGAAGGAGCUGGUGGUCCUGGAUGAGGAGGGCAAGGAACCGUGGGUCAGGUGCUGGCACGCAGCCUGCGACCUGCUGCCAGAGGCCAAGACCCCCAAGAGACGCCGCCAUCACCCCUGGAUCCAGAAGGAGGUGCCACCCGAACGGCAGCACCCAGAGGCUACUAAAGCAGCUCCCAGGCCUUGGAACUCCUGCCACUACCUGGCUGCACCCCCGGACCAUCCGCCGGCCGGAUCUGCCCCCGAGCACCAAGCCAGCACCUGCCUGCCCCGAGCUGUCUCGCUGAGCCACUUCCCCAGCUCCCGCCUUCCUGUGGCCGCCCCCCGGCAGCCGCCCCUGCUAAUCUUCACCAACCAGUCACUGGGUCUGGCAGCGUACCAGAGGGCAGCCCUGAAUAGCUCCACGCAGGCCCCCAGCCGGCUGCCCCGCCCCACCCACCGACCCGCCCAGCCAGACCCCAGGUGGACCCUCCCAUGGCCGAACAGGCUGAGCUGGAGCAGAAUGUGGCGCGGGUCCUGCGGGGCCACCCUGGGGGCAUUUCCCUCUUCCGCUUCCGCCAGGCCUACGGUGCCGCCUACAGCCACCCCUUCCCCCUGGACAGCACGGCCUCGGUGAAGGAGCAGCUGGUGGCCAUACCAGGGGUUGUCAGGGUGGAGGGCUGGGGGGUGCAGACGAUGCUCUUCCCGGUCUGCCCCCAGGAGCUACCCAGCGAGGAGACGGGUACGUGCUGGGAGUCGGGCGCGGUGGAGGGAGAAGGACCAUCCCAGGGAUCAAACCUGGGGAGCGAGGGCCUCUGCAGCUUGAGCUAUGAGUCCGAGGAGGAGUCCCAGCCUGUGGGUCAGGCUGGGCUUGAGCGGGAUGGAGCUAAGCAGGGCCAGGAGGCCUGGGCUGUGGGGAGCGGGGGGCUCAGUAGGGGGCACUAGGCUGAAAGGAGUGGG